UAUCAGUAAACCCGAACGAGGGAGAGCAGUGUGUCAGAACAGCUACGGACCGUCGGUACCAGCACGUUUGCUCCCGUCGGGACCAUAAAGAGCUCUAAAACACAUCUCUACUUACCGGAAACAGCGGGAUCGGUAGAGGAUUUCAUUUGAGAGAUAAAGCUCGUCCUCUCUCAUUCUCUCCAGCGACACCCUUGUUAAAAUGGGUUGAUAGCGUUCUUUCAUCAUCCAAUUACAACUAACCUGGUUCAAGCCCAGGACAGCACUCCUCCUGAUGUCGGAAGAUUCAGACUCCAAGCCGUAUCGCUUCUCGGUGCUGGAGGACCAGGAUGGAGCCUCGUGCAGCUCCAUGCCAAGGGGGGCCUCAGGGUGCAGCUCCAUGGCACAGCUGCACCGGAUGGGUGGCUACAGCCAAGGUGGGCCUGACUUAGGCCUCCCCUCAGAGGGCAGCGACAGCAGCGGUCAGGACCCUCCCACCUCGCCGCAUAAGCAUCGCAAGAAUGCCCGCUCCCGAUCGCUCCCUGAGGAGGACGUGGAGAUGAAGAGCAGCGGGUCCAGCGGGAGUGGAACUGAAUCACAUGGCAAUGAAAGCCAUGGCAACGAGAGCCAUGGCAACGAGAGCAACGGCCAUGAGUCAAUGGGCAGCUCCAAUGGCACCAGUAAGGACUCUGCACUGCUGGAAUCUUCUGAGAGCAACAAGAGCUCCAACUCUCACAGCCCGUCUCCUCCCAGCAGCUCAAAUGCCUUCAGUCUGCUGAGCUCAGAGCAGGACAACCCCUCAACCAGCGGCUGCAGUAGUCAGGAGUCUGCCAAAGCCAAGACCCAGAAGGAGGUGUUAAAAACGCUGAAAGAGCUGAAGCUGCACCUGCCUGCCGAGAAGAGGCACAAUAACAAGCCCUCCACACUGAACACCCUGAAGUACGCGCUGCGCUGUGUCAAACAAGUGGAAGCCAAUGAGGAGUACUACCAGCUGCUGAUGAUCAACGACAGUCAACCUUCAGGCCUGGAUGUGUCCUCUUAUACAAUAGAGGAGAUAGACAGCAUCACUUCUGAAUACACCCUCAAAAACAACGACAUCUUUGCAGUAGCAGUGUCUCUCAUCACAGGAAGGAUAGUCUACAUUUCUGAUCAGGCUGCCUCCAUCCUCAACUGCAAAAGAGAAGUGUUCAAGAACAGCAAGUUUGUGGAGUUCCUGACGCCACAGGAUGUUAGCGUGUUCUACAGCUUCACGACGCCGUACCGCCUGCCUUCCUGGAGCAUGUGCACCGGAGCAGAGUCAUCACCGCCUGACUGCAUGCAGGAGAAGUCCUUCUUCUGUCGUAUCAGUGGCGGUAAGGAGUGUGAGGGCGAUCUGCAGUACUACCCCUUCCGCAUGACACCCUACCUGAUGAAGGUCCAGGACACGGUGCAUGCUGAGGACCAGUUCUGCUGCCUCCUGCUGGCUGAGAGAGUUCACUCUGGUUAUGAUGCUCCCAGAAUUCCAACAGACAAGCGCAUCUUCACCACCACACACACUCCGAGUUGUGUGUUUCAGGAUGUGGAUGAGAGGGCGGUUCCUCUCCUCGGGUACCUCCCCCAGGACCUGAUCGGUACGCAAGUCCUCCUCCACCUGCACCCCAAUGACCGACCGAUUAUGUUGGCCAUUCACAGAAAGAUUCUUCAGUUCGCAGGACAACCCUUCGACCAUUCGUCCAUCCGGUUCUGUGCACGAAAUGGAGAAUACAUCAUCCUUGACACCAGCUGGUCCAGUUUCGUCAACCCCUGGAGCCGCAAGGUCUCCUUCGUCAUCGGAAGACACAAAGUGCGCAUGGGCCCUGUCAAUGAAGAUGUUUUCAUGGCCCCGGUCUCCACUGUCCGUGAGAUGAAGACCAUGGAGCCUGACAUUCAGGAGAUUACUGAGCAGAUCCAUCGUCUCCUGCUACAGCCGGUCCAUAACGGUGUGUCCAGUGGCUACAGCAGUCUGAGCAGAAACGACCAGCUUGUCGGCAUGAGCUCCUCCAGCGAGAGCCUUAACUACUGCAGCGGGAGCAAGAUCAGACAAGAGGAGCAGGAAGUGAACGGCAAAGCCAGACCACGAACCUUUCAGGAAAUCUGUAAAGGAAUCCAUCUUCAGAAGAGCCAGGAGCAGCAGACACCUAAACCAGACAUCAGGAAAAGCAGUGGCAUAGAAUCUGCAAAGAAGAGCUCAGCGGUGGUGCGGCCCAAAGACUCAGCAGCUCCCCUCAACUGGAGCGAGACAGCGGCCACUAUGGAGGACACUAGGUCCUCUUACCAGGAGGAGAUGGCCUUCAAUGAUCAGACCGUCUACUCUUACCAGCAGAUCAGCUGUUUGGACAGUGUUGUCAGGUACUUGGAGAGCUGUAAUGUUCCCAUCACCAUGAAGAGGAAGUGCCAGUCUUCCUCUAACACCACGUCCUCGAACUCAGAUGAGGACAAACAGAGAGGACCCAACAGCAUGCAGGUGUCUGAAGAACCAGCCUUGUUGAAGGAUCAGUCUGGUCACUCAGCUUUGGAACAUCAAGACAAAAAGUCCACUGACGCAGCCACAGCAGUAGUGGGCACCUCACUGCCCCUACCUGUACCUAACAAACCAGAAAGUGUGGUGUCCAUAACCAGCCAGUGUAGCUACAGUAGCACCAUUGUGCAUGUUGGGGACAAGAAACCUCAACCAGAGUCAGAAAUCAUAGAGGAUGUCCAAGGAUCAGGAGAGACGGUAGAGUCCAUCCAGAACCCUGGGGUUCCUCUUUCUGUUGUUUCCCCUCCCAGUCAGGAGAGGGAGUCCUAUAGGAAACUGGGGUUGACCAAGCAGGUUUUGGCGGCCCAUACGCAGAAGGAGGAGCAGACCUUUCUGUAUCACUUCAGGAAGCAUCGAGGACUCAACGCACUCAAAGAAAACUGUUCUCAGUACCUGGAGCGUCAGAGAGGACAGAUCGCCAGUGAUGCCGUACCUGCUGCUCGAGCCUCCAAGCAGGCUGGACCAAGUGCAGAGCCCACCACACGGCGGGGCACACGGAACAGGAAGACCAAGUCAAAGCGAGCGAAGCAGAUGGAGUCCUCAGACAGCACAGCGUCCCAUCACAGACGGCAACAUCUGCGGCCUCCUCUCCUAAACCACGGACUUAACCCAACCUCUUGGUCUCGCUCUGAAACUUCACAGUCAACUUUUCCCAUGGCCUACCCCUCCGUGGUGCCAGGCUACCCCCUCCAGGUUUACCCUGGAGCCAGUUCCAUAGCUACCCACACAGGCACCACUCUACAGGGCUUUGGGGACAAUCAGGGCACCCAGGCCCCUCCCUGCCCCCCACCCAUCCACCCUGCUCCCUACACCCCUAUUUUGGCUGUAAUGCUGCCCAUGCCUUACUCUCCAGUGGCCCCCGGACUGGCACCAACACAGCCAGUGUACCACACUAUGACUGGUGGCUUCCCCGCCCAAAUGCAGCCUUUUGGUCAGGCUGCUUUUCCAGGCCAGGCCCCGUUCGCAGCACAGCCUUCCUUCAGUGUUCAGAACCAGUUCAACUCCCAGAACCACUUUGCUCUUCAAGCAGGCUACCUGACCCCGUCGCUCUACUUCCCCUCAUCCUCGGAAAACCCAAAGGCCCCCGUGGCGGAGGGCCAGUCUCGCUCCUCUACGCCACAGUCUGGAGGAGCUGGAGGGCACGAGUCCCCGCCCCUGUUCCAGUCUCGCUGCAGCUCGCCUCUCAACCUGCUGGAGCUGGAGCUGUCCGUGGACCGGCAGGACAGCACCUCUGGAGGACAAGGGAAUAAUACGGCUGAAAGGGAGAAAGGAGCGUGUGGCGGCCAGGCCAAGGAGAGAGAGCUGAAGCAGCCAUCUCUCAGUCUGCUUGGUCCACCUGGACCCUUGUAUUGCGAGGGCUCGCCCUGUGUCUGUGAGCGUUUUUCUUGGGAUAAAGUGGGCUCUAGGCUGAGGGCUUGCAGCAAAGAGGCAAGUUCACGAGGCGACGGGAACAACAGUGACGCCAACUCUUCGUCCAGCGACAUGCUCGACAUUAUUCUGCAUGAGGACUCCGGCUCAGCCACCUCUGGGUCCAUGGGUUCAGGGUCCAAUGGCUGUGGAACGUCAGCCAGCGGGACAUCCAACAGUGGGACAUCCAACAGCGGGACAUCUAAGAGCAGGACGUCAGCCAGUGGGACCUCUGGCAGUGGAACAGGAAGCAACAACAGUAGUAAAUACUUUGGCAGCGUGGACUCAUCCCAGAACAGCCAGAAGGUCAAAGGUCACCUGAGCGGCAGUGAGGGAAGGCCCAUGGAGAUGGAGCAGAGCGAACACCUCAUCAAGUACGUACGACAGGACCCGCUGUGGCUGCUCACUGCCGACACAGAUGACAAGGUCAUGAUGACCUAUCAGCUGCCCUUGCGUGACAUCCAGACAGUCCUCAGAGAAGACCGAGAGAAGCUGAGGCUGCUGCAGAAGAACCAGCCGCGCUUUUCGGAGGAGCAGAAGAAGGAGCUGGUGGAGGUCCAUCCAUGGAUUAAGAAAGGAGUUCUGCCCAAGGCGAUAGAUGUCAAGGCGUGCUCCUGCUGUGCCGGCGCCUCAGAGGCAGCGGUAGCAGCAGCAAACCUUGACAUCGCUCAUACAGAGACGGGGGAGGUCGGCUGCCAGCGGAGACCCAGAGAGGAACCCUCAGACACUGUUGUCCUCUCCUAACGGACCCUUUGCUCUUCACUCAACACUCUUCAGUGCUGUCUCCGUCUAUCUCUGUAGAUAACAGAGAGAAACUGACUCAAACAGACGUUUGUAGAAUGUGAAUAUACGAGUGGCGGACCCUUUGACUACGUAUGUUCAUCCAUUCGUUUCUGUGUAGCAUUUUAACACAGUGCAGUGAAUGCACUGAUGAGGAGAUGGCGAGCCCAGUGAGUGAAACACAGCAUGUGUUCAUACUUUAGGCAGCACAGUAGAGGUCAAACAUACGCCAGCAACGGCAGGAAGUGGCUCUGUGGUGUUCUAACUGCGGUGGUACAAAAAUGAAUUCAGCAUUUUGUGACAUAAUUUCCUCUGUUGCAGCACCGUGCUACGUCAGCAUGUGGUGAGAACAGGUGGUGUUCAGUCAGUCACUCCUGUCUAUCAUGCCAUCAGGCACCAAACGAACGCACAAGUGCACUUUGUGAGCUGCACUGGUAGAAGAGGAAAAACACGAGCGAGACUCUGAACUGUACGUCUGCUCUUUGUGUCCAGAUUACUUGGCUGAUGUUGCGUUUAGUCACUGUGAGGAAAUAAAAGUGAGCAACAGUGAGCAGGCACGGACUCACCGGCAACGGCUGAGACUUUUUUACCACCUUCCUCCUCCCUCGAAAACAUACUCUAAUUCCUGACUUAAAGGGAAAGACCACCAAAAUUAAGAAUCUAAUAUAUUAUUUUCAUGGCCAAGAAAGUUCAAUCAAUUUUUGUGAACAUGAGCUGCUCUCUCUCAAAGCCAAAUAGGUCUCAAACUUGUUAUGUCAUCAAGCAUAAAGUCUGGAUCUGCUCCAUAAACAACACUUUUACACCGCCUGUUCAGGGCAGAAAUGUUGCACCGUUAUGCUGCCCUGCAGCACAGUAUAUUAGGUAUGAUCAUUUGAAACUGUGUCUGUAUAAACAGGACAGUCAGCAAGACGGGUGUGACGUUUCAACGAUGUGUUAUGCAUGCAACCCACCAUUGGGAGAUUUAAAAAACAGCGGUUAGCAGUUAGCGGCUAACUCAGAGAAGCAGAACAGCUGAGGUAAAUGUCCGCAAAUUGGGAAAACAGUGAGAUUUUGGCAUUUCUUACCCUCUGAGCAGAGGACUAGAUCGGCCACCAUACAACAGGGACGGUUAAUGAUUGUUAUUGACAUGUAAAGCCAUUGUUAUUUUUGUCUAUAAAGCGCUGCCAUUGCCCAUGUUUUAUGUCACACUAGAGGCUGACGCUGUGGUGUAACAUGUCACACCCGUCACACCUCUUUGAUUCAGAUACAGUCUGUUAUCACACACUGCAGCUGUACGAUGCCGCCGUCAUGUGUUUCUGUGUAAAAAUGCAAAGGAGGCAUAAAGAAGGGACUUUGUAGCGGCCCUAUAGCGCGAUCUCUGUGUAAAAAGGGCUACUGGCUGUUGAAGGCGGGAAUGUCGCACUCUUCCUCUGCCUCGCCAUCCUGUUUAAAAGGCACAAUGAUGGAAUGGAGGGACAGAUUCGUUGUUGACAUUCUGACAACGUGUUUGUGUGCGCCCCACCGCUGGGAGAUUUAAAAAGCGGCUAGCCACAGUUAGCAGCUAACUCGAAGAAAAAUCAGCAUCCAAAAAUAUCCGCAAUUUGGGAAGACAGUGCAGCCUGGGAGCUCCUUACCCUAUAAUCUGAGGAGGAGAUCGACCCCUAAACAACAGUGUUAGUAAAUGAUUGUUAUUGUUUAUAAAUGCUGCCUGACGCAUAUGUUAUAUGACACACUAGAAGCCAACGCUGGUGUCUUACACGUCGCACAUCAUGCCUGCUUUGCUUAUGCAACACUGGCAUGCCAUCUAAAGAAACACACAGUGGCGGCAUCGUGCCUGUGUUGUUUGGUGUUGUGUAAAAAAGCAAAGUCGGCUUAAUGAAGGGUUUUGUUGCAGCCCAGUCGUGGGCUAAUGAAUGCGAGCCUGAUUUCGUCGACCCACAGAAUGCUUGCUUUCUUGUUUAUUCCCAAAUUAACUUUAAUCUACUGUAGUGUUCUCGGCUCUGAAACAGAAAAUGUACCCACAUAUGGAGCAGCUCCGGACUUUAACAUCACAAAUUUGAGUUUAAGCACUCUAGUUUUUAGAUUUGUUCAUGUUUGCUGAUAUUUUUUGGACUGUCUUAGACCAUCGGAAUAACAUGAAUUUUGAAAAUGGGUGUAGAUUCCCUUUAAGUAGAAGUAGCGAAAUGGAAGUUUAAGUACUAUUAAAUGGAAAGUACACGUGUUACUGACCCGCAGGCACGAUGGAGGUGGUGAAAACAUUUGCACUGAGAAAAAGACAAUCAGGUGAAACACAUACUGUAAAGCUGUAUUUACUCACCGACCCAUCAUGUUACAUCAUUUCUGAGAAGUUAUCAUCUGAAAUGUGCUUUUUUUUUUUAGCCAUCUGUGUCACGUUACCUGAUUUUGUUCUUUAUGCAUAUUUCCACUCACCAUUUGUUUCAGUAUCAGCUGUGAAACUUGCCUCUCACUUCAAGAAACUAUAUUUAAUGCACUUUGAUGCUUGUGUGAAUGUCUGUAUCAGUCCCUGACUCUGAGCAUAAAUAUAUAUAUAGGCCUAUAUAAAUAUAUUUUUACAUACAGUAAUUGUUUCUGUAUAAAGAGAUUUGUUUUUAAGUUAUUUAUGGAAAAUCAAACUUUAAAAAAACAAGCAGGACCAAGAUUCAUAAUAUUUACUGUAAAUACUGUUUUAAAAAUGUGAAAUCAAUAUAGGACACACAUCACUGCAGACUGUAAAAUACUAGUUGUUUAUGGUGGGUGAUGAAUAUAAAGUGAGGAGAAUAUUGAUGUUUUCCCCAGUUUUCAAAGUGUGCCACAUGACACUUGAACUGGUCUGAUGUUGCCCCUCAUAAAUAUGGAGAGGAGCCUCCUGGGCAUCCUGUGGAAGUGUCUGAAGCUCAUUACCGUUUUGUGUGCUCACCUCAGAAGUCGAAGUUUAGGGUUAUUGCACGGAUAUAAAGCAGCUCAGACAGAUGUCAAGUGACUGUGUGGAGGGCUCUCCUUCACUUUGAAGCUCACGUGCGGUCAUUUGGGACGAAACUGAAUUUUGUCAUUUGUCUUUCUGUUAAUUUGAACAGACACUGACAGCAAUGCACAUUUUAUUUUAUUUUUCUCAUUUUUAAUGGCGAACACUCUGUUAUGUUUGUUCACGUUUCUCUAAAUAAAAUAUUGCCGAAUUCA